GAAGCAACCCGCGAUAGAUGAGGGAGCGGAUGGAGCCGGAACUCGCCGGCCGCCACGUCUCCUCUCCCUCUCAACACGCGUCUCUUCCACCGCCGCCACUGCCGCCGUCGCUUUUCCAAAACCUUGUAAGCGACAACGAGGGACGAGGAGCGAGGAGCGGUAUCGGUAACGGAUUGAGAUGUCUCCCCUCCGCGGCCCCGCGCAUCUCCGCACUGCCCUCUCCGCCUCCUUCCGUCGGCGCUUCCACGCGCAGGCCCCGCCGGGAGGCGGCCUGGACGAGUCCGGUCCCUUGGCGUGCCGUCUCGAAUCCCGCUCCGUCGUCCGCUUCCGAGGCCCCGACACGCUUAAGUUCCUCCAGGGCCUCCUCACCAACGACGUACGCCGCCUGGGCGCCGCAGAUCCUCCCGGCUCCGGAGGAAGCAGCAGCGACACUUCGGCUUCGUGUAUCCCAACUCAGAAUCUCGAAUUCCGUCCCCCGCCGCCGCUCUAUGCCGCGCUGCUCACCCCCCAGGGUAGAUUCUUGUACGAUCUCUUCCUCUACCGUCCUCCACGGGCGGAUGAGAAGCUCGAUCGAACCGGAUCGGGGCCUGGGUCGGACGAUUCGGGAGAGCCGUUCACUUUGAUGGCCGAUGUCGAUUCUGCCUUCGUGGAUGAGCUUCUCGAUUGCUUCAAGAAGUAUCGCUUGAGAUCAAAGGUUGAGAUAGAUAAUGUAGCUAAGGAAUACUUUUGUUGGCAACGAUUUGGCAGCAACCACUUAACCAAAGUGCCAUCAGCCCAAGAACCUGAAACUGCAUCAGUUGGCUGGGGAAAAGGGAUUGAUCACGCUGCGAUAUCUUCUACACAAGGAAAUGAUGUUGGUUGGCAAUGGUUCAAGGAUCCUAGACUGGACCAUCUUGGAUUUAGAGGAAUUUUUCCUUCUAAUUCAAUCCCACCUCUAGUUGAGGCUGAUAAGGAAGUUGGUGAACAGCAUUAUCUUAUAUGGAGAUAUCAGAAAGGAAUUCCAGAAGGUUCAUAUGAGAUUCCAAAAGGCGAGGCAGUACCUCUGGAGUACAAUCUUGUGGGAUUGAAUGCUAUCUCCUUUGAUAAAGGAUGCUAUGUAGGACAGGAGCUUGUUGCUCGGACACAUCAUCGAGGUGUCAUUCGCAAGCGAUUGUUUCCACUCAAGUUUCUCAAUGACAAAGGAGAAGAGCUACAGCAGGCAGUAUCUCCAAAUUCAGAAAUAAAAGAUGGUGAAUCCAAUAAAAAAGUUGGGGCUGUGACGGCUGCUCUUGGAUGUCACGGUCUGGGCUUGGUGAGACUAGAGGAGGCCCUCAAGCAGUCAUCUAAUCUAUGCAUCAAAGACAAAGAAGAAGUGAGAGUUAAGAUCAUCAAGCCUGACUGGUGGCCAAUUGAAUGGAUGCAACUGGAAGAACAACAAAGUGCUGCUGCUUAGAGCUACAUAUGCGAUGAUACACCUUACCCCAUUUUAAUUUUAUUUUAUCUAUAAAGAAGAGGGUGGCUGUCUAACUAUUAUGUGAUUUUUCAAUGUGGAAACAAUGGAGAAUGUUACAUACUCAACUAGAGUUUCUUCCCAUGUCACAGACGUAUUGUUCACGGGUCUUGUACUGCAGUAAAUAAAGGUGCAGAGUUGUUGGUCUUGAAACUUAUGGACAACGAACAGGCUUAGUAACCCUGCCAAAAUUUUGGAAGAACUUGUUCCCUGUAGCAGCUUUAUUAAACUUAUGUUGUUUACUGCUA